UUAUGACUAAAACUGUUUCCCGUAAAAUAUAACUGGGUGAUUACUGAUUAUAGGUGUUAAUCGCGGCUAUCCAUUUAACCAUUUGUUUUAUUCGUAAACUUCUAAUAAAUAAAAAUUAAAAACUUUUCAACGUUGCUCUUCUUUCUCAUCUCUGCUUGUUCUGAAAGCUUCCGGACCGCUGUAAUUCAAUCUCUUCCCCUCAUGCAAUCUCAUUCUCAAAUUAGGUUUUGCUCCACUGACAGAGCGGAAAUACCUUGACUGAGUCCAACAUAACACUAGACAAACGUACCCCAAGGAUCCUAAUCCUGAGCUCACAUCAACAGCUAGUGUUUCAGAUUAUUAACAUGGACCCUAGAUACACAGGAGAGAUAUUGAAGCAUUUGGAGAAGCAAAACGAGCUCCUCACAGAAGCCAAAAUAUCAAUGUCUGAGGAAUUGCAUCAACUGAAGGUAGAAGAGGAAAUGCUGAUGCGUAAGUUUUAUGAGAUUAUGUCAGCUCAUGGUAAAGUGAAAAAGAAUGAAGAUCGUGGUAAGGUUUCAGAUGAUGGUGAAAUUGGAAGUUCCACAGCAUUAGCCAUAGCCAAAACAAGUAACGAUGAGGAUUGCCGAUGACUUCAAGUUGUGUUUCUCAUUGUCGAAUGACUCUACAUAUAAUUUUGAAUAUUGUACCCUUUUACUACUUAAGGGAAGUUUCGAUCAACGUUUGAUCAUGUAAAGGAUUGCACUUGGCUUAUACAAGAUGAAAGAAUUGAUGUGCACUGUUAUGGCGUACGGGGGUGCACAGCUGUUUGAA